AUGGCCUCCUCAGUACCCUCAAUUCGGACGCUCUCGAAGCUCGCGGUGGGCGGUGCGCAGGUGCUGCUUGGUGGCGGGCAGAUCGUACUUGGAGGGACGCCGGCGACAUGCUCGAAUCCCCAGCUGAGCUGUCAUAACACGACCAUUGUUCAGGAUCUGUGCUGCUUCAACGCGCCUGGUGGACAGCUCCUGCAGACGCAGUUCUGGGAUACAUCGCCUGCGACCGGGCCUGACAAUUCAUGGACCAUUCACGGCUUGUGGCCCGAUCGUUGCGACGGCACCUACGACGCGAACUGCGAUUCAACCCGCGUGUACUCGAACAUCUCCGCCAUCAUCAAAUCCUUCGGCAAGACAGACCUCCUAGACUACAUGAGCACAUACUGGAAGGACUACAGCGGCGAUGACGAGACAUUUUGGGAGCACGAGUGGAGCAAGCACGGCACCUGUAUCUCCACGCUCGAGCCAGAGUGCUACUCUGACCACAAGCCGACUGAGGAAGUCGUCGACUUCUUUCAGAAGACCGUCGACCUCUUCAAGUCGCUGCCCAGCUACGAGUGGCUCGCCGCAGCAGGCAUCACGCCCUCCACCACCAAGACAUACACCACAGCUCAGAUCCAGUCCGCCUUGCAAGCGAAGCGACCUGGCGUGACUGUCACGUUGGGCUGCAAGUCCGGCGCGCUCAAUGAGAUCUGGUACCACUACGACGUGCGCGGUUCCGUCCAGACGGGCGAGUUCGUCGCCGCGAACCCCGACGGCACAAAGUCCACGUGUGCCGCUUCUGGCAUCAAGUACCUCCCUAAGAGCGGCGGCGGCAGCACGCCUACUACCACGGGCUCCGGUUCAACCCCCACAAGCACCUCUGCGCCGGGUACACCUUUCUCCGGCAAGGGCUACCUCAACGUCAACAAUGACGGAACGAAGAAGGGGUGCAUCAUCUCCGCGGGCACGUGGUACACGAGCGGAACCUGCGCGACGUUCACCGCUACGACAAGCGGUGAUGGGUUCACCCUUUCAAGCUCGAAGGGCAAGUGCGGCGUUGUGAGUGGUGCGUUCACGUGUGGUAGCGGUGUGAGCACUGCGACUGCGUUCACGAGCAUUGAUGGGAAGUUGGCGGCGGGCGGAAAUGCCGCAUGGAGUGCGGACAAUGUCGCGAGCGGGAGCACGCAACAGGCGGUGUAUGCGGGGGCGGACCACAGCGCUGCGUUGGAAAUUGUGUGGCAGAGCGUUUAG